UUGAUAUUUUUUUCUUCUCAAUAAACGUAUUAGAUACACUAAAUUCUUGACACCAAAAAAAAUCCUUGGCUUUCUUCCCUUCAUUCUUCGGCUUCUUCGCUUUACGUCGCCGUUUGCUCCUCCACCGUCCCGCGAGCCCUACAUCGCCGCCGUUCACUUCUGACCCGCCUCCGCCACCAUCUAUAUAGUUCCACUAUUUCAUCUCGGAAUGGCAAUGAGAAUCGCAAUUCUACGGGACACUGGGAGGAAAUUGGGUGGCGUUUUAGGGUUCAAUAGGGUUUUUCAUUCCGUGCCUCAAUCUCCUCCUUUAUCUGGGUGCAUUGAUCAUGGGACUCAGUCAGUGCAACCUGUUUUUCCUGAAUUUAGUUUCCCAAGUUUCUCUUUUGGUGGCUCAAUGGAACUCAUGGCUGUUCCGAAGAGGAAGGUUUCUCCUCAUAGAAGAGGAAUACGAAACGGACCAAAAGCUUUGAAGCCUGUUCCUGUGCUUGUCCUCUGCAAGGGUUGUGGUCGUGUCAGGCUUCCACAUUUCUACUGUUGCAGUGGGAAACCAAAUAAUGAAAAUAAUGGCGAAGAGAAUCGCGCAAGCAGAUAAAGCUGUCUGAGAUGAAGUUGACAGACAAAGCAACUUAAUAUGUAGGCCUUGCUUUUGAUUGUUAGCCACUUAAUGGGAUAGGUUGUGUGGUAGUAAUGCAUUUUAACGCAUUACUUCCUUCUUCAUUAAGAAAUUUGAUUUUUGGAUUGUAAGUCUUCUUUAAAAGAUAAAUGGAUCAGAAAUUUUGGAUAUGGUAAUUUGCUUCCAUUGAAUAGUAACAGUUUUCAUAUGAAUUUGUUCUUUUGAAGCUUCA